AUGGGCUUUUCAUGGGAAGUAUUCGAAAGUUCAGACGUCUUCCGCACCCUCCGCAAACUCACAGAACAGCCAACGGAAGCCUUUACCACUCAAGAUGCUCUCCAGCAUAUCCAUCAUUUGAUUGUGAUUGAAGUGGCCGCAAACAGGGGCAAGCCUGUGAAUGGUUUAAUAAACGGAGCCAAGCCCGAGCUUGCUGGUAUUCUUCCUGACUGUGUCGCGGACGUCCUCGUUGAGCUCGCCUGUCGCACCGACCCACCUGACCAGGGGAGGCUCGUCGAGUUUGCCUCGCAGCUCUACAGGCAGACGGAAUUGGACCCCGAGUCUGGGGAGCCACUAAGACAGGACAACAGGAAGGUGUGGAGUGAGAACAACUCUCUGAUCCUCAGCGCCAAUAGGACGUGGAGAGAUCGCCUAGGUGUGUCCGAUUCGGACUGGGGCGGUGUCUUCAACAUCAGGACAUAUGCAGACGACGUCCAGCUCUCAGCAGAGAAGAAGGGGCGUUUAGUGAACCUAGUUGCGUUCACUGCCCAGCUCACGCAGGCCGCCCCUCCCGAGCUGGCGUACGGCAAUAACCCACUUCACUGGGCACACAUAGCUCUGUGGUCUAUGCGGGCUGCAUUCGAGGAUGGCAUCCAACUGCAUGAAAUUGUUGGCACAACUACACUACAGGUCGCUUGCUUGUGGUUCACCUACGCAGUGGACGCGGUGUGGGCCUGCGUCGAGAAGGAACUCCAAGGAGGCAACGAUUUUAUUUCUGGUCCAGGCUCCCAGUACAAGGGAAAGGACUGGAAGGGGUUUAACAAAGAGAGAUGGGAUAUCUGGGUGCACAGGUUGGAGCAGGCUCGAAGAUUGUGCAACAACUCUGACAGAGAGACAAUCAACAUGAUAGAGGACGCCUUAAACAAGGCCGAGACCGUGAAGCGAGAGAAAUGA